AUGUAUUUAGUUAUAGUUAUUUUCAAGCGCUUUUCAAGCUGUGAUGGUGGAUUAUAUUUAAAAGUGAGUAUCAGAUGCCCAGGCGCAGGGACAGGAGAUAGGGGAGCUCAACCGGAGAAACUAGGCAAUAUCUUGCAUGCUCCAGUGUGGAUCAGCCAAUCCAAGGGUGCCACCUCCCUUGAUCUGAAUGCUCCUGCAAACCCUCUUGCUCCUGAACUGACUUGCAGGGGUUGUGGAAGUCAUUCCAAGAAGAAACAAUUCCCUCCACCAUAUAGCCCUUCAGUGCAACCAGACACCACGACUCUGAAAUCAUGCUCGAAGAAAAACAAGGAUACUGUCAUUUCUGCCCCGAGCUUCAAAUUCAACCAUCAGCUGACUUUUUUGCAGCGGGAAGCUGGGGGACAAUACAGAUUUUCGCCACUGAUUGUCCCUGCCAGUACAGAGCCAGAUCUUCAAGCAUUGAACAACUCCUUUGUGGCCACAGCCAAGAAGGACCAAUUCAUCUGUGGUGCUACCAGUGUACUCAUCCUUUCAAAUUUACAUCAAGCAUACUCACAUUUGCCUCUGGAAAAGGCCAAAGAAACCAUUGUGACUGCAUGUCCUGUGCCCACCAAAAAUGGCAAAGAGAAGGCAAAACCCACUUCAACUGUAUUGGAGGAUAUGGGAUGGCUGCGCUUGGGCGGACACAUGACCACAUCUUCCACUGAGAAGGCAGCCAAAGAAUAUGACAUCUGGAGGAAGUCUGUAGGACUUCCGAUUGAGCGCGGGAAAGUCCGGAAGGACUGUCUGGAUCUGGAUGAGUGCAAGAAACUUCCGGAAAUUACUAUGAGGUUUCGUCCUGAAUGGAUACAGAGGAAAGGCUGCAGGGACAAAGUCCGAAGCAGAAUAGGUCCGGAGGACCGCGGGAAAGUUCCAGAGGAACUUCCGGAAACUCGGAGGAGCGGAGGAGCGGAGCUCCGGCCUAGGGAAUUCCUCCCUAGGCCUGAGAUGGAUAUUGACUAA